ACUGUUGCGCCUCUGUCCUGCCGUAGCAGACAACAAAACAGCAGUACAAGCUUGUAUCUGAGAGUGGUAGAGUUGUCGGUAUUCAGCUUGCUACGACCGUAUAUAAGAGGAUAGCGGUGAAUAACUAGGCUGUUUUACGUAAAACUCAUCAUUUUAAACAAGUCAUGGAUGAAUUCAUUGUACCGAUUAAAGGGGGCCUGCACCAACUACAGGACAUGGUGAUACUAUUCAGGAAAUAUAUAACCCCGACUAUCUGUUUGGUCGGCGUAAGCGCUGGUCUCGCUACCUAUUGGUUGAUAAAAAGGAACAAGUACCGCCUACCACCGGGACCUCUCGCCUUACCAUUGGUCGGCAACUACAGUCUAUUAGGAGACCCCAUGCUGCACGAGACCUGUGCCCGACUGUCAGAAAAAUACGGACCCGUCAUUACCAUACAGUUCGGUCCAUUGCGGAUGGUAGUUUUGAAUACAAUAGAAACCGUACUGGAGGCUAUGGUUACUAAGGGAACGGACUUUGCAAAUAGACCCGUGACUGUUUCCGGGAUGGCGCUAAGUGAAGAUGGCAGGAAUAUUCUUUUGUCACAAUACACACCGACGUGGAAACUACACCGUAAAAUUACCGCCAAAGCUCUCAGAAAGUACUUGCAAGGGGAAAAACAGGAGACCGCUGUACAUGCCUCCAUGAAGGAGUUCACUACCCUACUGACGAACACCAAAGGUGAAGCCUUCACGCCUCAUGCCUACGUAGACCACGCUUUAUUCAACGUCAUGUGCGGACUCUGCUUCAAUAAGGUGUACGACUUCAACGACAAAAUAUUUACGCGCUUUAUUGAAACUGACAAUGAAUUCAUCAAGGAGUUUGGGCUUGGUUUAACCGAAGAUGCAUUUCCAAUUUUGGCUAAAAUCUGGCCGAGUCAACACUUCCGAAAAAUUAUGGGAUUUUUAAAAGAAAUCCUACAAUUUGUCUUCGACGAAUUCGAAGAACAUCAAGAUAGAUAUUAUGCAGACGACAUCAAGGACAUCGCAGAUUUCGUGAUUCAGACGCGUAAAGAAGCCGAGGGUGAAGAGGACGCUGAACUGUUAAGUCAGUUAACAGAUGUACACUUACGACAGACAGUUGCCGAUAUCUUCUUUGCGGGAUUUGAAACUUCUCGUUUUACGCUGACUUGGGGUCUGUUGUACUUGGCCGAUCAUCCCGAGGUACAGAGGCGAGCACAGGCAGAGAUAGACCAAGUUGUAGGUCGAGACCGACUCCCAACACUUAAGGACCGUGCCGACCUUCCAUACACAGAGGCUAUCCUCCAUGAGAUUAUGAGGGUGGCGACGGUGGCACCGUUUGGCAUUGCACACGCUUCCAGAGUUGACUCCACGAUUUGUGGAUAUGAUAUUCCACAGGGCACAACAGUUGCCAUCAAUCACUGGGCGCUACACAAUGACCCAAGACACUGGAAGCAGCCUCAAACAUUCAACCCCGAGAGAUUUUUGACAUCCGAAGGAAAGCUUGCUCCAAUACCUAAAAGUUGGCUUCCUUUCUCUAUCGGUAGGAGAGUAUGUCUGGGAGAGUCUGCAUCCAAACAGGAACUUAUACUGAUCAUUUCGAUUAUUCUUCACCAGUUCAACCUCAGAUUACCGCCAGGUGUCUCUGCUGAUUAUUCACCGGGAGCUUCAGGUCUAGCAGGCUACAUAGCCAAUGGAUACAUGAUUGAAGCCGAGAAAAGAGAAUAAGGUCACGCAUACGUCACUUUCCUUCAUAAACUCAAUACACGAAGAUAUAAAGAUCUGGUAUUUUCAACAAAUGUUGUGAAGGUUAAAUAUUGGUGGAAACAAAAUAAUCACAGGUUUGCAUUAUAGAACAUAGAACUGCAUCCAGAGUGGAACUACGCGAGAAAAGGGAAAAGCUACGUAGUUUAUUCAUACAGAAAAGGAAAAAAGCAUGCAAACAACAACAAAGACUUCUAACCAAUUUCAUUUAGAAUGUGUAGUCCUACAUCAGUCGUUGCAGAUUUGGUAUUCGUGUUCGUGGGACUCUAAGAAUCUAUGUCUUUAUAAGUAUUUGGAUGAUUUAUCUCUAAUCCUUGUUAAACGGUUCAAUUGUAAAAUGCUGAUUAUUCCUAAAUAAAUUAAUAAUCUCUAU